UACAUUUCGAUUCGUCUUCUGUACUCUGACAUGAUCUCUGAAUGCAGGAACGGGCAGCUAGAGGUGUGCAGUGCUGGUUCCAUGGUUAACAUUUCAAGUAAUUUCAGGGGCGCGGGUGGCGGAAAGAAAAGUCUGCAGAACAUCGGUUUACCUUACGGUUUCCCACCAACCACCAAAAGCAUGGCAAGUCACGGGAAGCCCGGGCGUUCCUUCGAAACUGCAUGGGAGAACAGAUACAGACGUCUAAAAGUAAACUACCGCUCCCCGGAAAACGUUAAAAGUCCGACUGGUACCCAAGGUGAAGGACCAGAUUAUUGUACAAAUUUCACCGGGUGCUACUAACAAAGGAGAUCACACUGAGCAAAAGUUGAUUCGACUACCCCGAGUGAAACGAGUCUUGGUAACGAUUGGUCGUUAGGAGUUUUCGUAACGCCUAGGUCCUAGAGACCUUCGCUUGGCUUACGUCGAGUGGCGUAAAGCAUAGAUAUCUAUAAAUUUAAAUAGAAUCUCCGGAAACGAAUAUAACUCCGGAUUCCGAAUUAGCACCCUGGAACCCAGCCCGAGAGUGCGAUUUAUCUGGCGAUAAAUGAAAAUCGUUUUGCAAACGUAAUUUCGUGUCGAAAUGUCAGUCAAGUGGUCGGUGAACCGGUCGGCGUUAUGACUCGUUUCGCAGCUUUGUCGAGACUUCGUACAGGAGUUGCAUGUGUGAGCAUAGAGCACAUCUAUGGAUCGAAAGGUACGAAGCGAGGUGAGUAAAUCAACAUUAAUAAUGGCGUAUCUACGUAAGUCAUACUCGAGCAAGCUCCUGCCGGUUGAGAGCCUAAAUCCGAACAUUACUGUACAGGUGUAUAAGGUGAUUGGAUUC